AUGUAUGAUCAACCGAAAUGGCGUCUCACGGGUUAUUAUGGGAUUCCUGAUAGAAGCAAGCGUCGAGAGAGCUGGGACCACUUAAGACUCCUCGCAUCAUCUUCUACCUUGCCAUGGGUUGUUCUCGCUGUAAUUCCCAGACAGACUAAGAGGAGAUUCCGUUUCGAAAAUAUAUGGCUUCAUGAAGACGAUUGCAAGAAAGUAAUAUGCUCUAGCUGGGACAAAUCAGUUGGGGAACCUCUUUUAAACCGCAUUAAAGGAUGCGGUGAAGAUUUGCUACGAUGGGGAGGCUCCGGCUUACGCAAAUUAAAUGUCAAGUCUCUUUUGCAAGAUGGAUGCAGAUACCGUGUAGAAAGUGGCACUUCUGCCAGAAUUUGGCGUGACCCCUGGCUGCCUAACCCGAAUCAUGGCUUCGUGACAUCUGAUCCACUCCCAGGUCAUGAGGAAGCAACUGUUAAUCAAUUGUUUGUACCAGGUGAAAACAGAUGGGACUAUGAUAUACUUGUUGAUCUCUUCAGUGAAGAAGAACGAGGACAAAUAUUGAAGAUCCCCUUGAGCUCCUAUGGAAGAUCCGAUCGAAUCUAUUGGGUCCAUGAUAAUAAGGGAUUUUAUUCGGUUCGAAGUGGAUAUAAGAGGCUGAUGCAAGAAUUCUUCCAGGAGUACCCAAAUACGAUGGAUAGUUUUUGGCGCACUAUAUGGAAUCUCAAAAUACCAGCAAAAGUACGCAACUUUCUCUGGCGAGCAUCACAACUAGUACUUCCUACAGCAGACCACUUAAGGGCCAAGAGAGUGGACAUUGAUAAACUCUGCCCAUUCAUAGCUCAGACAUCAAACCCUCUUGACACCGCAAACUUUGAAAGCCAAAAAGCUAUCAAGAACCAUCACUUUUAUCGUGGUCUUGUUGCUGUCUAG